AUGGAAGCGAAAGUUAAAUCCUGGUUCAAAAAAAAACAUAAUGGUCAACAAAGAAUACUUGAAGAUCCACAUAAAGGUGAAGCAAGUGAAUUUUACUUUGCAUGUAGAAAUGGAGAUAUUGAUAAAGUCAAACAAAUGUUGCCUAUUAUUCCGUACCAUCAAUUGAAUCAAUUGGAACCUAAUGGUAGUACUGCUCUUCAUGCUGCAACCUAUUUUGGUCAUCUAGAUAUUGUUCGUCUACUUCUACAUGAAUAUGGUUCUCAACGACACCUUCGAAAUCGACACGGUUUUACGGCAUAUGAAGAAGCAGAAACCGAUGAAAUGCGACAACUCUACCAUCGACCGUCAGGUGAAAACCGAUUUAAUGACGAUUCUAUGGUCAUCAAAGAAGCAUUUGAAAUAAUUUCAUUAGCAACAAAUAAAACUGAAACGGACGGUAGUGACGAUGACGAUAAUGCUAAAAAACCGGAUGAACGAUAUUUUAUCAGUUACGAGAAGAAUGAAAUGCAAAUGUGUUUAGAUGGGCUUAGUGGAGUUAAAGCAUUAUUUCAAUCACCAGUGGGAAGAUCCAUAAUGAAAAAUGGUAUGAAAUUAAAACUUUGUAAAGGUGCUGGUUAUAGCGAUGAAGAAUAUAAAUAUGUUACGAGUAAAAAAUAUAGACACGACGCUUUGAAAAAAGUAUUGGAUGAACACGUGCCUAUAAAUCAUCCUGACUAUCAACAAUGCUGUGAACUACUCAAAGAAUAUAUUCAACAAGGUACAAUUGAAUCUCUGUUUACACUCUACACAAUGGAUACACCAUUUUAUCGUCAAUCAUCGAUGCUUUCAAAUACACUGGGAUUUCCUUUUUUUUUUCAUCUUGCGGAUUUAAAACAACGCUAUUAUCAAGGAUACUCCUAUCGUGGUACUCGAUUGACUCGAGAUAAAUUAAAUGAAUAUCGCUGGGCAUUGAAAAAUAAAGAUAGUAUUUUAUCACCACUUACGUUUGCAUCGACCUCCAUGGUUCGAGAUGUAGCUGAGGAUUUUGCUGACAAGCCUUCAUCAUCAUCAUCAGAUAAAAUAAGAACCAUAUUCAUAUACCAUUUUCCUCAACCAUGUGAUACAGCAAUUAAUUUAAGCGAAAUUCCUGAAUACAAACUACCAUGUAUAUCGUUUUUCAAAAAUGAACAAGAAAUAUUAGUUGGUCCACGAACAUAUUUCAAAGUGACAAAAAUUGAACCCGAUCAAUGUAAAGAACAAUAUACGAUUUAUUUGGAGAAUUUGUGCGGAGAACAGAAAACUGUAUUGCAGGCAAUAAAAAUCUUACUUGGAGAUGACAUGAAAAAUAAAACUAGUAAAAAGCUUCGUGAUUGA